AUAGUACCUUUGUUACGCAGCGACAUCUGUGUAUUUUAUUAUCUCUACAGGUGAAACUAGACAUAUUAUCACCCAUAGUUUUAAGUUUAUUACAAUAAGUGCAAGUUUUAUGUCUAUGAUAGAAAAUUUUUAAGAAAUACAAAAUAAAAUGGGUAACUACUUAAAUAAUGAUCUCUUUUCUAGCAAUAUCCUCAGGAGAACAUUCUUUUUUUUCUUUUACCAAACCACAUAGUUUGCCGCGAUUGUCUCGGUCGGACGCCCUUCGCCUCACUAAUCGCUGUUUUGAUCCAACUGGUCGGCGUAGGCGUCUUCUGCGUAACUCUAUUCAAGGCUUUGGAUAUAACCCUUAGAGGAAUCUUUGAAGAAUUAUUUAAUUUCUCAGUAAAAUGGAUGGAAAAUUUACUUAUUAUAUUCAUAGCUAUAGCUAUAGCUAUGGGAUUAUAUGCUAUAGUUUUAUUAGUAUUCGGUUUUCUAGCUACUGGAGCAACAAGGCAAAAAUUGUAUAGUGGAACAAAAUGCAUUAUGGGCGGACGUGUCGGUGCUGCUUUCUUUAUGGUCUUGACAUAUCUAAUGAAUUUAAUCUGGAUGGGAAUAACUGCUGUUUGUACUAUACCUAUUAUGAUUUAUAUUAUUCUACGGAACAUAUGCCAAACUGAAUAUAAAGGAAGCUUUGAAGACUAUAACUUUUGGAGGGAAAGCGAUUGUUUUAAUCUAAGUCGAAUUGGUCUGUACAAGAAUGUUACGUACAGUAUAGAAAAAAAUGCUAUAUGCGGAGAAGCAGAAAUUGGAAAUUUUUGCGAAAAGGUUGAAGAUGCUGGUCCAAUGUUUGGUUUGGCUCUUGGAGGAUCAUUUCUAGUUGUUAUCGGCAUGAUUCACUUUUUAAUGAUCCUUGUUGCUAAUUACCAAAGAAUAAAAGUAUCUAAGGAAAUAACUGAGCAUCGCAACGCUCUCAAUAUUGAAUUGACUGAUAGUUCUAGUCGAAUUAUGGAAAAUUCUAGUGUUGCUAAGUUAACAAAAUAUGGACCUAAGUGA